AUGAAGCGCCUGGUUUUCUUUCUCACGCUCCCUUUCAUCCUCAGCCAGGCUCGAAAAGCUUCCUCCCAGCCUGAUGAGCACGUGACCGCAUCCCACGAACCGGCGCAGCCGAAGGUGACGGCGCUGAGCCAGGUUGAGGUUCAGGCUUUGCUGGCGAAGCGCCGGAGCGAAAAGCGCGAGUUCGUUUGCUUUACUGGGCCGGGUCGUGCCUGCCGCCUCUGCCGGGAUACCGAGGCUAGGACGGCAGAUGAUCAAUGCGCGGAGUGUAAUCCGGGCUAUAAGCUGAUGGUCACCGGUAUGUGCGAGGCCUUUGACUGUGACCCAGAUUACAUCACAGGCUGCUACAAAUGCCUCGCCACUCAUGCGCGGACACGCGAGGGUCAGUGCGGCGUUUGCCAGAAGGGCUUCGCCCUCACUGCGUCAAACGAAUGUCGGCAGCUAACUUGCACCGAGGGCGACGAUGGUGCAUGCGCUAAGUGCCGCCCGCAGCAUGAGCUGACGAAGGACAACCAAUGUGUCACCUGCAAGCCGGGCUACAAGCAGAACACAGAUCAUACCUGCUCCGAGCUGACGUGCGAUUUGACAGAGAUGGAGAACUGUGCCUCCUGCCGCGCGCAGAAGGAGCUCACGGCCGACAACCAGUGCUCGGAAUGCACGGAAGGCUUCCAGCUCACGGAAAGUGGCACCUGCGAGCCUUUCGAAUGCCAGACAGGGCCCGAUGAGGCCUGCAGAGAGUGCGCAGCACCGGAAGAUCGCACCGGAGAGAACCAAUGCUCGGCGUGCAACCCUGGAUACGCAUUGACCGCGCGGAGCUGCGAAGCCUUGACAUGCCUCGAGGGUGAGGGCAGCCUUUGUGCCAAGUGUGAGGUCUUCGAGAAGCGCCGUGUGGUGGAUCAAUGCCUGACUUGCAACCAGGGAUUCAAGCUCUCCGCGGAUUCGAAAUGCGUCCCGUUUAGCUGCAGCGUGGGGGCCGAGGACAAAUGCCGCAUUUGUACUCAGCCGGCUCUCCGAACCGCGGAUGAUCAGUGCUAUCAAUGCAACCCCGGCUACAGGCUUAACAUGGACUUGAAGUGCGAGCCGUUCCCUUGCGACGAGGGGGAAGGGGCCAAGUGUAAGACCUGUCGAGAGCUCGCAUCGCGCACGGCGCCCCACCAAUGCAGCACCUGCAACGCGGGCUACGGCCUCGUGGAUGCUUUAGUUUGCAAGCCGUUUCUCUGCAGCCCUGGGCCCAAUGGCGGAUGCAAAGCCUGUAAGGCCCAGAAGGCCAUGACGGCCUUCGACCAGUGUGCAGCCUGCAAUGAUGGCUACUUCCUGACUUCGGAGUUUACCUGCCAGCUGGGCUCGGAUAACUGGGCCUCCAACAGCAAGGUCGUGCGAUACGCCAAGCAGGCCAUGCGCGAGCUCGUGAAUAAACUGGAUCGGAACUCCGAUGGCAGCAUCGAUAAAGGCGAGCUUGAUGAAAGCUCCAUCAAUGAUGCCAUUCAGCGCGGAAUUGCCGGGCUUCGAGGAGGCAUCAUCCAGGGGCAAGUGGAUCCGGUCCCCGCUGUUGUGUUUGGGGCGGCGGAUGUCGAUGGCGAUGGAGCGCUUUCCAGAGCUGAGUUUGAGGCACUGGAAGCGCGUGAGAGCCAGCGGCAGUCCCAGCGCUAA